AUGGAUGAUGGUGAUGCGGAUAGGUUACCAGUAUUUUUGUCAGUAAGCGAAAUAGAGUUCCCUGUUUCCGAACUCUCUGCACGUCGCGUUAUCACUAUUUACAACCCUUAUGGUCAUCCAAUUCAGUAUAAAGUGCUGUGCAAUGCUCCUGUUAACUAUGCUGUCCCAAAUUCUAAAGGAGUUCUUAUGGCGAAAAGCUGCAAAGAUUUGGUUGUCAAAUGCACGGCUAGACUAACUGUUGGUACAAGGGAUCGAUUACGUGUUGAAAUAAUGAGACCUGGUGAGACUGAAAUACUAGGAGCCCGAGAUAUCCUACUACGUACUGUUAGUGAAUGUGACACUGCAUUCAUUCAACCGACCAGUAUGAAUUCUAAUAUAUUCGCGGGAAGUGAUCGUGGAUCAAGUCGGGGUUCACUUCAAAUUCGUAAUGAGAACCAGAUGAAUAUGCAUCGCCAUCACUUUGCGAAUGGAUCUUCUCCGACUUCCAUGAACAUGCUGCUCACCAUGAUAAAUUUUUCGGCUCAUGGGUUAUGUUGGAGUCGAUUAAUAGGACCUUAUGUAAAGGUACAGUUGGAUCUUCUGAUCAAAAUAAGUCGAUCUUAUAAUGUGCCAUCCAUGCGCUUUUCGUAG